UCAUGAACCUCUCUCAUCCAUUUUUUUCUUUCUUCCAUUUAUUUAAUAUAAAAAGUCCUUUAUCUCUCCUCAUGACCAGGUCAUGGGUCAACCAAUGGCCACACUCUAACAAUGCUUCAAUCCAUUUCACUCCAAGUAAGUCAAGCUAGGCCCAAUGAAAUGAACAAUGAUGCCCAAAACCAAGGUGUUGACACUUGACACAACCCAAAGCGGCACCGCCGCGCCUUUUCUUCUGUUCGCGUAUCUUCUUCUGCUAGUCGAACACGCAUCACCGCAUCACAAACACUACUCCCAAAUUUCACAAUUCUUAACCUCUUCCCCAUUUUUCUCUAACUAACUUCCUUUCUCUCUCUUCCUCAUCUUCGCCCAACAAUGGCGAUUUCUUCAUUGCGUCGUCUUUUACAUCACCUAGAUAAGCACAUGGUAAAGAAACAUGAAUCAUAUGGAAUGCUCGUGUAUGGCGCUCUUACCAGGUUUCGAUCACUAUCUUCAAAGUCUGAAAGCAAAGGUUCAUAUGAGGCACCGAAGAGGUCUGAGCUCAUUGAUAAGACAGAUUAUGAUCGCACACUUGGAAAGUAUAGCUCUGAUGACGAUGAACUGAAUGAUAAUACACGAAAGUCGGAACUUGCAUGGCUUACGAAGGCACUUGAACCUGCACUACAACUUUGUAGGUGGGCUUUCCCAGGAAAUGGCUCUGAAAGUAAGCCUCCACCCAGUAGUCGUUCAAUCGCUGAAAUUGUUGCUAGUAUCCAGAGAAGUAAGACUGGAUUACAAGACUGGAGCCUCUCUGAUCUCACAAUUGGACUGUACCUUGUUUAUCUUCGUCAAGCAUCUGCAGCUCCACUUGUAGAUGUUAAGGGUGUUCAAAUCACCUCAGAAUCCGUGGUACAAGAUCUUAUAUAUCACUUGGAAUUAGCUAGAGGAUCAUAUAGGGGCACCCCUGCAGGCCUCGCCAGGCAAAGCAUGCUUCGAGAAAGCAACAUCCUGAAAUUCAUCAGUAAUUCGAGCGUGAUGAGACCUGGCUAUUACAUCGGUAUUGAUCCUCGCAGAAAACUUGUAAUUCUUGGCAUCCGUGGAACUCAUACAGUAUAUGACCUUGUAACUGAUAUUGUGUCAACAAGUGAUGGAGAUGUCACCUUUGAAGGCUAUUCAACCCACUUUGGUACUGCUGAGGCUGCUCGCUGGUUUCUGAAUCAUGAGAUGGGAACAAUAAAGAGGUGUUUGCAUAAACAUGAGGGUUUUAGGUUACGGUUGGUGGGGCAUUCUCUUGGAGCUUCUACAGCUUCUUUAUUGGCAAUGAUGCUUCGUCAAAAAUCAGCCACAGAGCUGGGAUUUGAUCCCAGUACUGUAACUGCUGUUGGAAUUGCUACUCCUCCUUGUGUGUCCAAAGAACUUGCUGAAAGCUGUUGUGAUUAUGUCAGCACGGUUGUGAUGCAGGACGAUGUUGUUCCUAGGCUAAGUGUCGCUUCUUUGGCAAGACUGAGGAAUGAAAUCAUUCAAACUGACUGGAUGAGUGUCUUGAAGAAGGAAGAUUAUAAAAGUGUGAUGGAAUUUUUCACAAAUGCAAAACAGGUCAUGUCUUCUGUACAAGAUGUAGCUCGGAAAGUGGCUGACUAUGCAAAUUUUAGAAGCAGGACCAACAACUCUGGUAUAUUGACAAGUGAGGAUUCACUUGCUGGAGCCGAUGGUCCGCCAGUCUCCAAGCCAACUGCUGUUAUCAGGGACAAAGAUGCUGUUAUCAGGGAUAAAGAAAAUGCUGCUCUGAUGCAUGAAGAAUUGUUUGUCCCAGGAACUGUUUACUAUCUAAAAAGAAAUACUGAUGGCCAAAACAGCAGCAGCAACGGAAGCAAAGCGAAAGAGUACUUCACGCUCUGGAAAUGGCAUCCUGGGCAGCAUUUCCAGGAAAUUUUACUCUCGAGCAAUUUAAUUUCAGAUCACAAAUGCGAAAGCCACUAUUAUGCUCUCAGAGAUGUAAUCAAAGGCUUGCCUGGAUCAUCCAGUGAUGAAGGUAUUUUUUAACAACUUAAUCCUGGGUAUAAUAAUGAGUCAUGCCUUGUGUAAAUAGUUGUAGCAAUUGUACAAGGUCCAACAAUUGUCAAUUUUGGGAAAUUUGGUUGAUAAAAUUAUCAUACCUAAUGAUCAGAUUUUGAUUUUUUGCUGCCGUGGCCUGAAUAGGAUUGUUAUUCUAAUGUAAGAAUAAUGCCACUAUUCCCUUGUGUAAAGGUUUGUUAUUUCGUCCUAAAUUAAGAAAUAAAGACUUGGUAGAGGUGAGGUUUCGUAUAUUUAGACCUUGUUGGUUUUACUAGCUAGAAAGAGUCCGGCGGGUUGCUGGAAAUAGUUCGAGGACUGGUUUUCCGAUUAUAGAUAGGUGGUUCCAUCCAGUUUUCUCGUCUUUUCUACCAGUACUCCAGUUUUGCUGCUUGCCUUUA